UUCAGAAAUUAAGUAUGUUUGUGUAACACUGCUUCAAACUUAAGUGCUUCAUACAUACAUGCUCAAUGCUGUAGCUCUUGCAAUAAACAGUGGUUGGACGGACAUUGUCACUGGCGGAAUAAUGAACGAAAACGAGCCAAAAGAAACCCCAUCACCCAGCCCUGUGCCAAACUGGGACGAGGGGUGCGAAUAUCAUUACAAGUGGGUGGAUGUAACACAACCAUUCUCGGAAGCUUGUGAAGGAUUAAAGUUGGGGGAACUUGUUCAUGAACCAAAUUUUGGUUUAUACGAAGCCAUGAGUGCGAUUGAAAUGAUGGAUCCAAAGAUGGAUGCUGGUAUGCUGGGUGGACAGGCUAAGAGACAAGUGUCUUCAUUUAAGGAGAGAAUUGCUGAAGGUUCAAUCAAGCUGAACAAUCUUAUACCUUGUGAAUUAAUUUCUGUCAUGGACGUUUGUCAAACUUGUAUUUUAUCUUGGCUCGAAGGACAAUCACUUGCACAGACAGUAUUCACAUGCUUGUACCUCCAUGAGACAGAUCUCAUACAGGAUCGUAUACUGAAGGCUUACUGUAUUGGUGUUCUGAAGCUUUGUCAUCUAAUAAAAGAAAAAGUCUUUAAGGCGAAUGUAUUUGAAGAAGAAGAUUUCCAAACCCUCACUUAUGGGUUUAAGUUUGCAAACUCAUUGACGCAGAUGCGAGUGCUUGGAUCUGAUCUUGAAACUGUGCUUGUUUGCAAGGAUCCCCGCUCUGCAGAAAUCACGUCAUCUACAGCCGAAUUGCAAAAAAUGUAUUGUAAUGAUAUUGUUGCACGGAACCUACCAACUGAAAUAGAGCAGUUUUAUCAUUACAAACUUUCACACAACAUAUCAGCAACCACUGUUGAAAAAACGUCCGAGUUGUUUGCCAGGCAUGAAAAUUUGUCUAUCUUGCUGCCUAAUCUUGCCGUAAUUCUGCGACUCUACUUAACUCUUCCGUGCACCACAUGCGAAGCAGAGCGGUCAUUUAGUGUGCUACGACGCAUAAAAACGUAUUUAAGAUCGACCAUGUCACAGAAAAGAUUGAACCACAUGUUCAUCCUCAACGUAUACAAACAGAAGGUCGAUUCACUGGACACAACUCCAAUAAUCGAUGAAUGGAUCGGCAGAAGUGCGAUUCAACAGGUUUUCAAAUCCCAACAAAAUAAAUCAGAUGAUGCUACCUCCUUACAAGCUGUACUUGCAAGAUUAAAAUUCCUCAGGUUGUUCAUACAGUUGUUGGCUCCAUUUGGGGACAAAGAGAAAGAAGUUUUGCAAGCCAACCGAAAACUUUUCAACCAACUAUCUGAACAAUUAGAUAUCAUAGACAAAACCACUGGCUUAGGUCUACCAACCACCACUAGUGAAGAUGGUCACGAAAUAUCAUUUGGAUUUGAACCACUGGUGAACCAGAGGUUGCUACCACCCACAUUCCCAAGGUACACCAAGCUCAGAAGUAAAGACGAGAUAAGUAGUUGCUACAAAGAUAUGAUAUCUCGCUUGUUAUCAGUGAUAGACAUGACCACCUUAACUUCAUUCCAGAGUAUCCUCGACUUUGUUGUUGAUUUCUCGCACACCGAACCAACUGUCCUCGCGCGUUCCAUCGUACAAAUCACUUUCAUUCCGGAAUAUCGGAAAAUAUUUGGCAACCAGCAACUCGGUGAAGCGUUACGGGAUUCCGUUCGAGUUUUUAACUCCCCACCUUCGUUGUCCAACAAGUUCCCAUCAGUAUUACAUCAUCCACAAGUCAGGAGUUGUUUGGAUGCUUUUCUAACCAAGGCUUCAAGGGCUAUGGGUAAAAUGGUACAAGCAUAUGGGCAUAACUAUGCAAGGCAACGUGAAAAGCUAUCAGCUGUUCUUGAAGAACUAGGAAUGCUACAAGAUGAAGCAGAUAAAUGUGACCAAGAUAUCAACUCACUCAUGCACGCAAUUGACCCCAACGCAGGAAAGUCUCAUCUCACCUGUAUUGGUAGUUGGACACUUUACCACACUUUGAGGGUUAUGAUCCAAUAUGUUCUAAGUGGAUUCCACCUUCAACUGUACAGUGAUCAUGAAUAUCAUUAUAUUUACUGGUACCUUGCUGAGGUUCUGCUUAGUUGGCAACUUACCACUCUAAAUCGUGCAGAAAGUCAACUACAAAGUGACGACAUGUUAGCUGACCCCACCCCUGCAAAGUCAAGGUCAAACAAAAAAUCCAAGAAGAAUAAAAAGAAAUGUAAAGUUCAUCUGAGAGAGAUAGCAAUCACUCAGGGCAUGCAGAUGAUGGCUGCAGGUUGCUUCAAAGCUCUUCUUGGUUUCUUUCUUGAAGGGAAAAUGUCGACACCUGAUUUUAGUUUCGAUGAUGAAGGAAUACGAUAUGAACAUAGGUUUUCACCGUUUAUAACAGUGGGCACGCCACCUUUCGUGCCUUAUAAACAAUUCCAGCUGAAUAUACUACAGGAGAUGACAAAUGUGAGUCAGUACUACCCCCCACCAACUGCACAGGAUUUAUAUUUAUCAUCAUCCAAACACUUUACACAAGCCAAGCAAUCUUAUGAAUCAGUUGCACCAAGUGCAGAGGUACAGAAACUGUUACUUGUCGCCAAAACCAACCUUGUAAUGACCAAGUUAUUGGCAGGUGGCCACAAACAAAACUCAACUUCACGUCCACAGUUCGAUUUCUCGGUUAAUUCAGUCUUUCCUAUUAUACGUGUGUCGUGACGUCAUAUAUGAUAGUGAUGUCACUGCUGCUUUAAUAAAACAAACAUAACCAGUUAA